UUUGUGACGCACACAUCUCUUCUUAUAGUGCUCAACAGACAGUGACAUGGCGAAGAGCAAGUUUGAGUAUGUUCGUCUUGAGACCCAAGACAAACUUCUACCAAAUUCUUGGAUCGUCAUCAGAAUAGGAAAGAACUUCCACAAGUUUUCAGAUAUUCAUGGCUUUGAGAAACCCAACGACCUGAGAGGUCUUUCGCUGAUGUCGGAAGCUGCUACUAGUGUAAUGACCGAGUUCAAGGACAUCAUCUUAGCAUAUGGUCAGAGUGAUGAGUACAGCUUUGUCAUGAAGAAGGAUACUACUCAGUAUGGGCGCAGAGCCAGCAAGCUAGCUACUACAGUAUCAUCCCUGUUUGCAUCAUCGUUUGUCUUCUUAUGGCCCAAGUUCUUCCCUGAUAUGCCUCUCCAGUAUCCUCCAGCGUUUGAUGGUCGGUGCGUCCUCUACCCAUCAAACAAGAACCUUAGAGACUACCUCAGCUGGAGACAAGCAGAUUGUCACAUCAACAAUCUGUACAAUACAUGUUUCUGGACUCUCAUUCAGCGAGGAAACUGCUCACCUAAAGAGGCAGAAGAGAGACUUAAGGGGACUGUUUCGGGUGACAAGAAUGAGCUCCUCUUCUCCCAGUUUGACAUCAAUUACAACGCUGAACCUGAAGUAUUCCGGAAAGGAACCACACUCACGUGGAACACGGUUGAAGAAGAGGUGCUAUGUGGACAAGGAACAGAGUUUGAAAAGACAGUGACAAAACAAGAAGAACAGUUCAGAAAAUUCACAAGGACAUAAUUGGAAACAGUUUUUGGACUGAACAUCCAGAACUGCUCGGAACAGAAGUUAGAUGACCCCUAUGUAUGCUCCAAAAUGUCGGACGAUAAACAGGGUUCUAUGUAUGUAUGUAAAGAGGACUUUUCCAGGAAA